UUUGUGAUUUCAGUAAUUUGGUGGCCUGCCAUUCAGUUUCUUUCACUGUUAGUUGUUUUCAAAUAUAACCGCCAUGGCUGCAGAAAUAACGGGUAAGUUAAUGAAGAAUGAAUAGCUGAGGCAUGGCGUUUAUCAGCGAGAAACACGGGAAUGGUGGAUAGACGACAAUCUAUGAUGAUGACGAGCUACGUUAACACAAAUGGGACCGUGACCGUGCAACUUCAUUAUACGUCACAAAAGAGCCUGCUGGUAGAGGCUACAUUGAACGGUGACCCAAUCGGCGGGGAACUCCGCGGGAAAUUUCCCAUUUUCGAUCGGCCCACUCGGACGGCGCAGCAGAGUCCUGAACAUUACAACAGUUACAACGGCUUGAGGAGGGACGGUACCGGUGUGGCACAAUGUUCAUAUGAGUUCAGGGCGUUGCGGUACUUCAGAGUUAUGUCAAGAGGAGCAGACGACGCAAGAAACUGGUCUUCGAGGAAUCAUUGCAGACCGACGCUGCAGACCAACUGUUUGAGGGGCAUAUUGGGAAGGAGUGACCUCACCUCUCGCAAAAAACUUGCGGUUUGUUAGAUAUUCUGGUAACACAAGAUGCCUGGAUAUUCACGUGAAAUCUUUGAAGUCAGGAUAGAAGACAAGUACCUGUGCUCAUCAUGCCGCCUUGUUCUCCGGGAACCCCUCCAGACAUACUGCGGACAUCGAUAUUGCAAGUCGUGCUUGGAUGAAAUCUUCAACCUUCCUAGUGUUCAGAUGUGCAAACAAUGUCCACAGGAUAUGCAGUCAGAAGACUCUGUACUAAAGAGAGAUCAGGCAUUUCCGGACAGAGCUAUCAAGCGAGACAUUGGUGAUCUGCCUGUUAAGUGUCUAAAUGCAGGUCUGUGUGAGUGGAAAGGGAAGGCGGAGCAAUUUGAUGCACACCAGGAGACCUGUGAGUUUGGCCUGAUUCCAUGCCCAAAGCAAGGCUGUGGCAAACAGGUGAUGCGUAUGGACCUUGCUGCACAUCUGGAAAAGGAGUGUGCUGUCAGACAGGUCAAGUGCAAGUACUGUGCACAAGAAAUACUGCUAAAGGAGGAAAAGGACCAUCAUGCUUUCAUAUGCCCUCAAGUUCCAGUAAAUUGUGAGUUUUGUGGGAAGAAGAAGAUACCAAGGGCUCAGAUGAAGCAGCAUCUGGAUGAAAACACUGGGGAUUGUAAAAGGCUGAAGGUUUCCUGCACUUUUGCUAAAGUCGGAUGUCCCUCAAAGCUGGAACGGGAGAAACUGAAUGACCACAUUGCCAAGCACCAUGUGGAUCACCUGAAUCACCUCCUGGACAAGCACCUGACCCUCCUGGAGGAGUUCACCGUCCUGAAACAGAGUGGGCAGGGGCAACACAUGCAGCAGGCAGUCAGCAAGAUGGAUGCAGACAUGAAGGCUCUGUUUGAUAGAAUUGCUGCCAUGGAAAACUUGGCUGCACAGCAAGGCUCAGGAGUAGGCUCAGGCUCGGGGUCAUCAGAGGUAACUAAAAUGCUUGAAAAUCGCUUGCAGCAGAUGGCUAGUAAGCAGGAAGAGAUGAGGCAUAAGUAUGUAGCUAUGGAAACUAGGGUUGCAACUUUUGAGGGCAUCGUUGCUGUCCUCAAUCGUGAGAUUGAGAAGUGUUCGGCUACCAUCGAGGCAUACGAGCGGCAGCGACGCCAGGACCGAGAGAUCAUAGAGUCCCUUGAGCGCAAGAUGAAGUCUCAAGAGCGAAUCAUCGCGCUGAAAGACGUGGCCCUCGCCGAGCAGGAUCUCCGUAUCACAUCCCUGGAGAUGACUUCCUAUGACGCCACCCUACUGUGGAAGAUCCAAGACUUCACCAGGAAGCGCCAUGAUGCCAUCACUGGUAAGACCACCUCAAUCUACUCCCCUUGCUUCUACACCAGCCGUACAGGGUACAAGAUGUGUGCUCGCAUCUACCUGAACGGAGACGGGAUGGGGAAGGGCAGUCACAUCAGCCUGUUCUUCGUCCUGAUGAGGGGACACUUCGAUGGGCUGCUCCGCUGGCCGUUCCGUCAGAAGGUGACCUUCAUGCUGCUGGAUCAGAACAACCGAGAGCACGUCAUUGACGCGUUCCGCCCUGACCCAACCAGCUCGUCCUUCAAGCGUCCAACAAGUGAUAUGAACAUCGCCAGCGGCUGUCCGCUGUUCAUGCCGCUCAGUCAGUUGGAGAGCACACGCCAUGCCUAUGUCCGCGAUGAUGCAAUCUUCCUAAAAAUCAUCGUGGACACGUCGGAUGUGGCAGCUCACAGGUGGCAGAAAUCUCACACCACCAGGCAUCUCGAUAUAGAACGAAGAAGAAAUGCGUAAAACUUGUAAGGAAAUGUUUAUUUCGUAACUGUGCAAUGCACUCUGUCAAAGAGUGUCAGCAUCAUCGUGAUGCUUUUCACCACUCCAAAGACAGCUAUGCAAAUUUAUCAACGUGGUAUAAAGAAAAUAUAGGCACUUUUAUCAUCUUGGGGAUACCUCCAUUCCCUAAUUACAGUCCAACACCAACAAAACAUAAAUUAUGCGUUACACUUUUAGCAGAAUAUAGCUGUGUAAGGCAACAUAUUACAUCAAGCGGCAAUGUUUACUCAAUUAAAGAGCUGUAUGAAUUGCAAUGUAUGUUCAUAAGAUGACAUUAGAGUCCGUAAAGUAACAGUAUAGCAUGGAUAGAACAGUAUCUUGCAUGUUAUACUGUUCCUUUAAGGACUUUCUUCUUAUGGACACACAAGCUACAUUGUAUUUUUUGUUGAGUUUGCAUUUUAGUUUGACGAAAUCUGUUGCUUUGCAUUGGCACAUUCUGCUGCCAGACCAGGUUUCAUUCUUGUUAAACAGAUUUUUUUGGAAGUGCUUCAAAAGAAGUUGUUAAACUAAGAAUGGCAUUGGCCUGGAUAGAUGGUACUAUGUGAGGUGCGUCCCCGUCGCGGUACCGGUAAUAUCCUGCCGUUCUGAUAGGGCUUGACUAUCCGCCAUCUUUCCUUUCCAGUAAUGACCAAAGUCAUCCAAAGUAGUACCUUCCUAGGCUAUUAACUGUAACAGCCAUGAAGUUAAACUCACUUAAACCCUUAUUCAAACUUUAGUAGGAAAAUUGUGAGGUGAAGAGACAAAAUGUAAAGAGACAAAAAUCCCUCUCCUUUCUCCAAGACCUGUAGGAUGGUCAGCAUAGCGGAACCUCACCAACUUUAAUGUCUAACAGUAGUAGGAAAGAAACACCCCUACUCCUAAGUGUGGGGUCAUGUGGUGUAACCGUAGUGUUCGGCUCAGACCCAAGAGGUUCCGGGUUCGAAUCCUGCCCAAUGCCACCGAUCUUGUGCCCUUGGGAAAGGCACUUUACACAAAUUUCCUCACUUCACUCAGGUGUAAAUGAGUACCUAGCUUCUGUUAGGGACGUCCCUCGGAUAGGACGUUAAAUAGAGGUCCCGUGUUUGGGAGAGCCACACCCUACGCACGUUAAAGAACCCACCGCACUUAUUGACAAAGGUAUGGGACCAUCCUGGUGUGAGUGGUUCAACCCUUACAGUCCUGGGGUCGUAUUGAGGUAACCCGAGUUAGCGCCGAAUGGCAGCCGCUCCAGACCCUUGCGAUUAAGCCCCAAUACAUGUAAUUGUAAGCUACUCACAAUUCAGCCCUUGGCUGGGAAAAGAGAGUAGCUGGCCCACCCAAUACAGUA